UGUAAUAGGUUUGCUGUCGGUAUGACAUCAGAAAACGAUUUCGCAUAGGAAGAACGUGGUUGAUAAUUAAUUUCCUCAGACUCUGAAACAUUGGUUGACAAACGUAAUCAAAACUUCACUUAAUCGUAAUCUAGGCUAUGUGAUAUAAUUCCAUAAAUCCAUAACUAAACAUGUACCUAUAUCAGGGAAAGAAAUCGUAUUUGUAUGAAUUAAAACAAAUAAAUUUUUAAUAUAGUGCUGUCAUAAGCUAAGGCGCUUAGGCACAGUAUGUAUUAUUGUUUUGGGCUAGGUGUUGAACUGGAGCUUGAAGCAUCCAAGAACUACUUGGGGUUGCGGUAGCAGAAAACAACCAUUUAAUCGGACGAUAUGUUGAAUAUCAACAGAAUCUGCUGACAACUGAAGAUUUAUUAAUUGUUACCCAUUCAGGUAACAAAAAUUAGUGAACUAACAUAACAUAAGCAAAGUAAAAUUAAAAGUGACACGUUCUCAGUUAUUAAAAGAAAUCAGUCAAUGUUGAAAAACUUUACUCCAGUGAUUUUGGAAAGAUUUGAAGAUUAGUACUUUUCACUUGAUCAUCUGACCUUACUUCUUGGAGAACGCUCACUGUAGGAUCAGGAAUUCAUUGAUGUAAUCCAUUGUAACUCUUUUUUUCAAGUAUUCAUUGUCCUCAAACACUGGCUGAAGUAGUCCACUGCAAAGUCCUUGCUCUCCUCACUGCUACCUGCUACCCUUACAAUGGUUUGGGAAAACAACUUUUAAGUUGGUUGCAUCCAAAUUUUGCAUAUUGCAGCUAUAAAUGAAUCAUACAAAUGCCAAAGAGCUAGUUGCUGUAUAAGAGACACAUUGUAAAACUUAAUUACAAAUAUGAUGAUAAUCUCAGAUUAAGCUUCUGUUAAUCAACACAUUUCAUGUCCAUGGCAAAACAAAAAUAUUGUCAUAAUGUACUUAGCAAGUUAUAUGAUAUCAAAACACUCAGCUUUAACAGGUCCUUUGGGAAAAGCAGUAUUUAAAAAGAGUACACGAAAUCUUAUGUGCGAGAACCAUUAAAAAUAAUUUAAAUAAAGUCACACUCUAAACAUGGAAAUGCAUAUUUACACACAACAAACACCACAUGUGUGUAAGAUAUGUAAUAAAUCAUUUACAAAAAAAUUUACUUUAAGCAAUCACAUACUUAUUCACACAGGAGAGAAACCUCAUGUAUGUGAUGUAUGUAAAAAGUCAUUUAGAAUAAAGUCUGAUUUAAACAAGCAUAUGCUUCUUCACACGGAGAAAUCUUGUGUGUGUGAGGUGUGUAACAAAGCAUUUGGAGCAAGAAGUGACUUAAGUAAGCAUAUGCUUAUUCAUACAGGAGAGAAACCUUACGUGUGUGAAGUAUGUAAUAAAUCAUUUAGCCAAAUAAGUAAUUUAAACCACCAUGUGCUUAGUCACACGUCACAGAAAAAGCUUCAUGUGUGUGAGGUAUGCAACAAGUUCUUUACACAAAAGUGCAAUUUAAUCAAUCAUAUGCUUCUUCACACAGGACAGAAACCUUAUGUAUGUGAAGUAUGUAACAAGUUAUUUAGAGUAAAGGGAAAUUUAAACACACAUAUGCUUAUUCACACCGGAGAGAAACCUUAUACGUGUGAGGUGUGUAAUAAGAAAUUUGGACCCAAGAGUGAUUUAAGCAGGCAUAUGCUUUAUCACACAGGAAAGAAGCCUCAUCUGUGUGAAGUAUGUAACAAAUCAUUUAGACUGAAAUGCGAGUUAAAUGUGCAUAUGCUUAUCCACACAGGAGAGAAGCCUCAUGAGUGUGAGGUAUGUAAUAAGGUAUUUGGACAAAAGGGCACUUUAAAUAAGCAUAUGCUUACCCACACAGGAGAGAAACCUCAUGAAUGUGAGGUGUGUAACAAGUCAUUUGUACAAAAAAGCAGUUUAAAGUUACAUAUGCUUAUUCAUACAGAUAAGAAACCUUAUGUAUGUCAAGUGUGUAAAAAAUCAUUUAGACAAAAAGGUAAUUUAUCCACACAUAUGCUUAUCCAUACAGGAGAGAAGCCUUUUAUAUGCCAAAUGUGUAAAAAGUCCUUUAGGCAAAAGGGUACUUUAAAUAUGCAUAUGCUUAUUCACGCAGGUACACCACCUUAAAUAUGUCGAGUGUAAAAAGUCAUUUACACAUUUAGGCAAUUGAAACAUGCAUAUGUUUAUUCAUACAGGAGAGAAAUCAUAUUUGUGGUUAAAAAUUUGAAGACAAAAUCUCUUAUCUGAACAAAGCAAAUUAGCCUUAAGUUUUAAUCUAAUGUUUAAUUUAAAAUUAAUUUAACUUAAUGUUUAUAUUCUGCUGCAGUUUGAAUUAUAUUAAAACUAUUAUUGGUAUUUUUCCAUUAUACCCCUGCUAUGCAGUUUGAUCUAAAGUGCAGAAUCACUCACUUAUAUGGUGUGUAUCGAUGUGUACGUUGACAAGUCAAGGGAGUGCUCAAUGCCAAGUUUGUGCAAUUCUCUGUUUUUUUUUUUUUUUUUUUUCUUUUAAGUGACAAUAGGUUGAUGUGUACAUAGAUACCAAGUUUGUACAAUUCUUUGACUUGUUAUUUUCAAGUUGAUGCAGAAUCGCCCACUUAUGUGGCACGUAUUGAUGUGUGCAUGGACAAAAUCAAGGGAGUGUACAACUCUCCGAUUUUUUUUAAGUGAAAAUAGGUCGAUGUGUACAUGGAUACCGAGUUUAAGCAAUUCUUUGACUUGUUAUUUUCAAGUUUGCUAUUUUGAGAAAUGCGCGAAGCAGUUGGUGAUUUUGCACUUUCCCUAGAGUUUGGGUAGCUUUGUCAGUUGGAAACAAUGUCUAGAGUUAAGAGUAAUGUUUAGAUGCACACACACACAGUUGUAGCUCAAAUGGCACAAUCGUUGGGUUUCAGCUUAUAUUUGGCUUCCCUUUCAUUGACACCAGAAAGCAUGGCAUUAUAGAAAAAUACUAUAUUAUUUAAUUCAUAUUGUUUAGAUUUCCCAGAACGAAUUUAAGUAGUUAUAUAAUAAAAUAAACAGGAGCAUGGCUGAUAGCAGUAAUGAGCAAAAUGACUUGAAAAAUCACUUUUACGAUUUGACUGAAUUUAGUUUUUUAUAAUUUAAAUUACUCCUUUAAAAAGUAUUUACUUUAUGUUUAGUUAUAUACAUAACCAUGUACAUUAAUAUAUCGGUACUUUAUUUUCCAAAAACAUAUCAGUUUAAAUACUAGCUGGUAUUUUUAUACAGCAAGAAAAUUAUUUAUGUAAUUUAUUAAAAUGACAUUUUACUUGGUACUUGUCUUCUAUAAGGGACUUGCCGCAGUUCACGCUUAAGAAAAUGCGAAUUGUUGCCGAGUGUUGUAAAUAUCUAUGAUAUGGAAUUUGACUACAAUAAACAAGAAACUGGAAAUUCAUUUAUUAUAUAUAAAAUGUAAGUUAUUUAAUAUACAGACACAGGAGGAAUUUAGGGUGAAGUGCAGUGUUGUUUGGUGCUUUUUACAAGAGUAAGAAGGAUUGGAUUUUUGUCAGUUUCCUUUGACUUUUUAAGUGAAAAUAGAUCGAUGUGCACAUGGACAAAGUCAAGGAACUGCACAAUGCCUA